AUGUCCGGGUCGGCACCGCGCGGAUGGCUUCCGACGAGUCCGACGGAUGAGGAGCUCCGCAUGGCACUCGAACCCUUCCGCUCCCGCAUUCGCGCCAACCCUCGUGCGGCAUCCAAACUCCUCCGAGAGGCACCCGCCGCCGUCGCAGGACAGAUGCUGGAGGAGUUGCGAGGAAUGCGGCUGAGGGCGGAUGCAUUCCAUUACUUCGCAGUCAUGAAGGCCAACCGUCGUGCUGGGCGGUGGCAGUAUGUGGUGCACCACUUUGACCAGAUGCUGCCGCAGAGGAUUGCUCCAGAUUUGUAUUGUUACGGGCUCGCAAUGGAUGCUUGGGCCGAAGGUGGCCAUUGGUUGCAGAGCCUGGCCAUUUUUGACAGCAUCGGAAGUCACACCGUGCCGGAUGCGGUCUGCUUUGGCACAGCCAUCCGGGUGUGUCAGAAGGCGGCUGACUGGGAGGCUGCGUGCGACCUUCUCAGCGCUAUGGCCCCCGCAGGAUUCAAGCCGGACACAGUCUCGCUUGGAGCAGCGAUGUCCGCCUGUGCUGCCGCUGACGCCUGGGGGUCGGCGCUGCACCUGCUGUCGACCAUGUCUGCAGAGGCCAUGGAGCCCGAUUUGAUCUGCUUCAACGUGGCCAUCAGUGCAUGCGAGAUGGCUGGAAGGUGGCAGACAGCCCUGGCGCUACUGGACGACCUGGGCAAGAACUGCAACCCGACGGCCACGAGCUUCAAUGCCGCCAUUACCGCCUGUGGCAAGGGCGGGGAGUGGCAGCGGGCUCUAAGCCUGCUGUCCUCCAUGCAUGACGCAGCCGUGCUGCCCGAUAGAAUCAGCUUGAAUGCGGCCAUCAGUGCCUGCGACAAUGGUGGAAUGUGGCCAGCUGCCCUCCACCUCUUGUUCAGCCUGCGCGGCCAGAUGCAAGAUCCCGACCACAUUAGUUUCAAUGCCGCCAUCAGUGCCUGCGAGCAGGGGGGUGCGUGGCAUCAAGCCUUGGCUGUUUAUCAGGAGUUGAUCCUUGCAGAUCUGUCUCCGGACGAGCUUUCCUACAAUGCCGCAGUCGGCUCUUUUGCUGUGUCCAGUGCCUGGGUCGCUGCUAUACACUUUCUAGCGGAGGAGAUGCUGUCGCGGGGCCUCUGCCCAAACGGCCUACAUGCCGGGGCGGUGACAAGGUCUGUGAUGGCUUCAGAGGGGGUGGAGGCAGCCUGGAACUUCUUGGAGCGGUUCAAGGAGCUCUGGCUCGCUGCGUCCGCUGCGGAGGUGGCGGAAGCGCCGUCGAAUCUGUGCGUGAAGAGUAACGAGCUGACAGAGGAUGCUGUCCAGGAGGUGUCGCUGCUGGCCAGAGCUCCAGGAGCUCCGCAGUCUGCAGGAAGGUUGCGCUUCAAUAAUGUCAUCUUCGCUUGCAAGCCCGCUGGGUUGACCACCGAUGAGGUGGUACGCAAAGUGGCUGAACUAUUGCAGCCCAUGCCAGCUGCACUCCACGUCGUGUCGCGCUUGGAUCAGGGGACAUCCGGGGUGAUGCCCCUGGUGCUGGGAGGAGAGGGAUCUGCGGCGGCAAAUUGGCUUGGGGCCCAAUUUGCCGGAAGACUCGUGAAGAAGGAAUACAUUUGCCUUUGCGAGGGGCCUCGCUUUGGUCCGGUGGGGCACCGUGCAGUGCUGACUUAUCCGCUGCGGGUGGUGCAGCUGAGCAAGGACACCUACCAAGUUGAGGUUGCUUCGGCGGGACGACCUGCGGAGACGGCUCUCCAAGUGAUGGCAUGCUUUGAGAUGCAGGGCAUUGACGAGGUCCGAGGCGCCUCUAGCAGCAUCUGCUCGCUCCUGACUCUGUGGCCCAAGACGGGCAGGAAGCACCAGAUCCGAGCGCACCUGGCACACGCAGGCCGACCCAUCGUGGGGGACUGGACCUAUGGCCGCCGAGAGGAGUCCUCCGUGCCACGCUGUCCUCGCCUUUUCCUCCACUGCCGGCGAAUUGAGCUGCGUACCGUCGCAGGCAAGGACUUGGCCGCGGAAGCGCCGUUGCCCCGAGAAUUGGAGGAACUCUUGGAGGAGAUCCGCCAAGAGUCUUCCGAGUAG